AUGCUCUCUGCAGUAUUCACUUUCCUCGGCUUGGCGGCACUCGCCACGGCCAGCCCGAUGAAGCGCUCUAUCAAUGGGCCCGUCAUCUCCGCCAACUUCCCUGAUCCUUCCAUCCUGUACGACAACGGCGUCUACUACGCGUACUCGACGACCUCGGGCGGGAAGAACGUCCCGAUGUACACCUCUGGCGAUUUUGUCAACUGGUCGCCCGUCUCGACCGAUGCGCUCCCGAACGUUGGCGCUUGGGCCGUGCAGUACUCGACCUGGGCUCCGGAUGUCAUCAAGCUCGGCACCAAUAAGUACUUGAUGUACUACUCGUCUGCAGUUGCGGGUAAUACCAAGUACCACUGCAUUGGCGCUGCGACUGCGUCCAACCCGCAGGGUCCCUUCCAGCCCGUCUCAACCGUCCUGCAGUGCGAUAUCUCUGCUGGUGGCUCGAUUGACCCCGACGCGUUCAUCGACUCUGACGGCUCUCUCUACAUGAUCUGGAAGAUCGACGGCAACAACAUCGGCCACGGCGGUAACUGCAACAACGGCGUCGCUCCCCUCGUCCCCACACCCAUCAUGAUCCGCAAGAUGUCCGCCGAUGGUCUCUCCUUCGCAUCCGGCUCCUCCGCCAUCCAGUUGCUCGACCGCGGCGACGCCGACGGCCCUCUGAUCGAAGCCCCUUCGAUGGUCCGCUCCUCCUCUGGCACCUACUUCCUCUUCUUCUCGUCAAAUUGCUACAGCGGAAGCUUGUACGACAUUGCGUAUGCCACCGCUAGUAGUGUCACGGGACCGUUUACGAAGGGUCCUUGGUUGAUGAUCACCGGAAGCCCGUUUAGCAACCUCUACAGUCCUGGAGGCGCCGACGUCACCCCAGACGGCACGAAACUUGUGUUCCACGCUGAUCAAGGCACAAGUGUCAAUGUUCGCCAGAUGUACACGGCGUCGAUCAGCCUCAGCGGGACCAAAGUCAACAUCUAG